AUGGGGACGGUGUUGUCCCUUUCUCCUGGCCUCCGGAAAGCCAGCUUCUAUGACGAUGGUUCCUCCAGUUCUCUGGCCCACUACCCAGGCCUCGCUGGCGCCAAGGGUGGCGGGCAGAAGGUCGAGAAGGGCGUCAAGAGACACUCCAUGUUCAUCCCGGCCUUGACUUGGAAAAGGCUGGUGGCGUCCACCAAGAAGAAAAGCUCCCGGGCUGGUGGCAAGGGACCCGCCAACAACAACUACCCGCAUGCCAAGGACGUGGCCCAGCUCAACCACGAGAAUGUCAAGAAGUCCCUCUCCUGCGCCAACCUUUCCAGCUACGACGGGAGCGAGCCACCCCUGGCGCCCCUGAGCUCCAAGUGCAUCUCUGCCGCCUCCACCGCAACGCUCAAGCCUGGGAGCACCGGGGGUGCCUCCUCAUCACCCCGCCGGGUGAUCGUCCAGGCAUCCACCAGCGAGCUGCUGAAGUGCCUGGGCGAGUUCCUCUGCCGCCGCUGCUUCCGCCUGAAGCACCUCUCGCCCACCGAGCCCAUCCUGUGGCUGCGCAGUGUGGACCGCUCCUUGCUCCUGCAGGGCUGGCAGGACCAGGCCUUCGUCACGCCUGCCAACGUCGUCUUCGUCUACCUGCUGUGCCGCGAGAUGAUCGACGGGGACGGCGUGGCCAGCGAGCACGAGCUCCAAGCGGCUCUGCUCACCUGCCUCUACCUUUCCUACUCUUACAUGGGCAACGAGAUCUCCUACCCACUGAAGCCCUUCCUGGUGGAGGCCUCCAAGGACGCCUUCUGGAAUCGCUGCCUCCGCAUCAUCAACGCCAUGAGUGCCAAGAUGCUCCGGAUCAACGCAGACCCGCAUUACUUCACUCAGGUCUUUGCUGACCUCAAAAACGAAGGCAACAGCAAGCGUGAGGACUUUGUCCGCAUCUUGGACCGGUGA